GCAGCACGUGAACGCCUCGCGGUCGGUCGGCGGGGAGGGCGACGUAAAGAAAGGGCGAAAGCAACAUGGACCUGCAAUAAAAGCAAGCCCGCAUUUUUUGGCGUCCAUCCGACAAAAGGGAGCAAUCACAUUCCCAUCGUUAUAACUGAGCGCUGAUUUUUAUUUGCGAAUAGCUGUGCCCUGCUUUCACCGCCGGCCGGCCGGUACUGCAAUUCAGUUAGCCUCGUUAGCACGGAAGUCAUUGUCGUCCUCGGCGCUACCACGCUCGCUCGCACCACGGCGGCGACAAUCAGGCGCGCGGACACAAAAAAAAGGAGCGUUCACGGGGGCGGUGACGGAGCACACGACGCGGCCGAGGCGAGAUGGGGAGAAAAUCCAGCCGAGCGAAGGAGAAGAAAGCGCGGCGUCUGGAGGAAAGGGCGGCCAUGGACGCCGUCUGCGCUAAGGUGGACGCUGCCAAUAAGCUCGAUGACCCACUCGAUUCCUUCCCAGCCUUCAAGAAAUACGACAGGAACGGACUGAACUUGCAGAUCGAAUGCAAGCGAGUGACGGCCCUCAACCCGUUGUCGGUGGAGUGGGCUUUCGAACUCACGCGAGCCAACAUGCAGACACUCUAUGAGCAGAGCGAGUGGGGCUGGAAGGAACGCGAGAAAAGGGAGGAGAUGAACGACGAGAGGGCGUGGUACCUGUUGGCCCGCGACGUAGACUCCGCCCCCGUGGCCUUCUCCCACUUCCGAUUCGACGUGGAGUGCGGGGAGGAGGUGCUAUAUUGCUACGAGGUGCAGCUGGAGAGCAAAGUGCGGAGGAAAGGGCUCGGCAAAUUCCUCAUUCAGAUUUUACAGCUUAUCGCUAACAGUACGCAGAUGAAGAAAGUGAUGCUGACAGUUUUUAAACACAACCACGGGGCGUACCAGUUCUUCAGAGACGCUCUCCAGUUCGAGAUGGACGAGACCUCGCCGAGCAUGUCCGGUUGCUGCGGCGACGACUGCUCCUAUGAGAUUCUGAGCCGGCGGACCAAACACGGCGAAGCCUCGGUUGGUCACAGCCACGGCGGCGGCCACUGCGGUGGAUGCUGCCACUGAUCGUUUGGCCUCGAAAAGGCAGCGAGGGGCAAAGUGUAUGCGAAAGCUCGACCUGCCGCCUUUUUUUUCAUUACGGGCCACGGGUGGCGGUGUUUUUGGUUCCACGUCUCGAUGUUACGGAGUGACGUUUGAGUUUUUCUGCUGUAAAAGCGGCAUGCUGUGUGCGCUUCUGUUUGUUUCAUCCUUUCCCGUCAGCUCCUUCCUAUCCACGACGACAAGUGACUCGGCUCUCAUUGUCAUUGUAUCGAAGGUUAGAAGCCGCGGUCGCCGUCUCUUUCCAGGUGAGCCCCCGUGAAAAACAUGUUAUCUCAAAGUGAAUUCUGCCUCAUUGCGGCCCCACUGUAAAUGCACAUCCCGCCUUUUUGUUUUGUUUCGCACGUGCUCCAUGCCGGUUUAACAGAUGGAGCGAGCCUUCUUUCGAUGAGUGUAAAUCUGAAGUAUGACAAGUGUGCCACGGUUAUGCUGCUUUUGGAACAGCAGCUCUAUAGUAAAUCUUCAUUAGGCUAACGAAGCAGUUUCUUAGAUGUUCGCCAUUGGGAACAUGCGUCAUGAGUGGACUCAUUGCCAACAUGCCUUUUCACCCCCGCCCCCCCUAAAUCCCAGGCUUUCAUUUCUAUGAGCGAGAAGUAGUUAUUAUGUUUACAAAGCCUACAGGGUACAUGCAUUUGGAGUGAUCGUGUCAUUCCGUUUUAAUAACAAUCUGCUUUUAAGUUCAUGUCAAUAGUCGUAGUUGUAAUCAAAAAAACUGGACAUGCUCCUCUCAUGCCUUGAAAAUAUAAGUAGUGUUUGUAAAAUUUGACCACUGUUUGGUCCCUUGGCAGGUGAGCUGUCUAAAAAACAAUGUCACCAAUUUUAUGUACGACUCCUUUUUAGUUUUGGGAAAAUUGUUACAACUCUAUCCAUGUGUAUAUAACAUACAUGUGCUCUUACGGAUCCCAUGUUGAAGCGAAACACUUUUUGAAACAUGAAACCUUCACAUGAACUGACUUGAUUAGACCUGUAUGAGACUGAUGCUUACUGUGCAGUCGUUCACAAUAAUGAAAGGGAACACAGUCAUUCUGCCUUGUCAGUGUUUUCUUUGUAUGCUACACAUCCAAUAAAGUCGUUUCUCUUUUCGUAA